CCAUAUCUCUCGCCGGGAGUGGCCGCGGCCCCGAGCUCCGGCCCGCGGCUAUUUAAGCGGGGCCACCGCGUCGCUGCGCUGCAGCCCGGAGGCUCGGCGGGGCGGAAAGUCAUGCUCGCCUCGCACCCGCGCUAGCAGCUCGUGUGUGCCAUAGGUUAUGUGCCUUUGAGGUUCAGCCGUCAGGGAUCACCUGGUGUCACUAAGUGUCUGUUGGUGCUGGGACUUGCUGCUUGCCUUCUUGCCAUGUCCAACGAAGUAGAAACAAGUGCAACCAAUGGUCAGCCGGACCAACCGGCUGCACCAAAAGCACCAUCGAAGAAGGAAAAGAAGAAAGGCUCUGAAAAGACAGAUGAGUAUCUUUUGGCCAGGUUCAAAGGUGAUGGUGUAAAAUACAAGGGCAAGCUAAUUGGUAUUGAUGAUGUGCCAGAUGCAAGAGGGGAUAAAAUGAGCCAAGAUUCUAUGAUGAAACUCAAGGGCAUGGCAGCAGCUGGUCGUUCUCAGGGACAACACAAACAGAAGAUCUGGGUCAACAUUUCCCUUUCUGGGAUAAAAAUAAUUGAUGAGAAAACUGGGGUAAUAGAGCAUGAACAUCCAGUAAAUAAGAUUUCUUUCAUUGCUCGGGAUGUGACAGACAGCCGGGCAUUCGGUUACGUGUGUGGAGGAGAAGGCCAGCAUCAGUUUUUUGCCAUAAAAACUGGGCAACAGGCUGAGCCAUUAGUCGUUGACCUUAAAGACCUUUUUCAAGUUAUCUAUAAUGUAAAGAAAAAGGAAGAGGAAAAGAAAAAGGCUGAAGAAGCCAACAAAGCAGUCGAGAAUGGAAGUGAGGCACUCAUGACUCUUGAUGAACAAGAUAAUAAACUGAAAUUGGGUGUUGACCAGAUGGAUUUGUUUGGGGACAUGUCUACACCUCCUGACCUAAAUAGUCCAACAGAAAGCAAAGAUAUCCUGUUAGUGGAUCUAAACUCUGAAAUCGACACCAAUCAGAAUUCUUUAAGAGAAAAUCCGUUCUUAACAAAUGGCAUCACCUCCUGCUCUCUUCCUCGACCAAAACCUCAGGCAUCCUUCUUGCCUGAAAAUGCCUUUUCUGCCAAUCUCAACUUCUUUCCCACACCUAAUCCUGACCCUUUCCGUGAUGAUCCUUUUGCACAGCCAGACCAAUCGACACCCUCUUCGUUUGAUUCUCUCAAACCUCCAGAUCAGAAGAAAGAGAAUUUGAGUAGUUUGUGUACUCCACUGAGUAAUGGGCCCCAAAAUGGUGAUGUUGAUUACUUUGGUCAGCAAUUUGACCAAAUCUCUAACCGGACUGGCAAACAGGAAGCUCAGACAGGCCCAUGGCCCUUUUCAAGUACGCAAAGCCAGCCAGCAGUGAGAACUCAAAAUGGGGUAUCUGAAAGAGAACAGAAUGGCUUCCAUAUCAAAUCUUCCCCGAACCCUUUUGUGGGAAGCCCUCCCACAGGACUCUCUGUACCGAAUGGCAUAAAGCAGGACUUGGAAAACUCUGUCCAGUCCUCACCACAUGACUCCAUAGCUAUUAUCCCACCUCCACAAAGUACCAAACCCGGAAGAGGCAGAAGGACUGCUAAGUCUUCAGCAAAUGACUUGCUUGCAUCAGACAUCUUUGCUCCUCCCGUCUCAGAACCUCCAGGCCAGACGUCACCCACAGGACAGUCUGCACCCCUGCAGACCAACCCUCUGGACCUCUUUAAAACAAGUGUCCCUACCCCAGUGGCGCCUCUUGCCAGUCUAGGUGGUGUACCGGUGUCGCCCCCUCAAGCAGGACCAUGGAACCCACCCAUGGUCUUUAACCAGUCCACUCCGAUGGUCCCGGGAGCCAUGAUAGGUGGCCAACCUGCAACUUUCAGCCAGCCAGCUGUUUUUGGUACUAGCCCAGCUGUUCAGUGUUGGAGCCAGCCUUCGUCCUUUGUAGCCUCAACUUCCCCAUCGCCUCCUGCAGUUUGGGGUUCUUCUGUAUCUGUGACACCCAAUUGUUGGUCAGCAACAAGCCCAUUGGGGAACCCUUUCCAGAGCAAUAUUUUUCCUCCACCAUCUUCUCUGUCCUCUUCCAUGCUGCCCUCGCUCGUAGUCAGUCCUCCUCAGCCACCUCCCAGAGCUGCUCCAAAGGACAUCCCCAGUGAUGCCUUCACUGCCUUAGACCCUCUUGGGGAUACAGAAGUCAAGGAAGUAAAAGAAAUGUUUAAGGACUUCCAAUUGCGGCAGCCACCUGCUUUGCCCUCGAGGAAGGGAGAACAGCCUUCUUCUGGGACUUCCAGUGCCUUUUCCAGUUAUUUCAACAGCAAAGUUGGCAUUCCCCAGGAGAAUGUAGACCAUGAUGAUUUUGAUGCUAAUCAACUGUUGAACAAGAUCAACAAGAUCAGCGAACCACCAAAGCCAGCUCCCAGACAAGGUGCCCUGUCAGUUACCAAAUCAACCAACAAAGCAUUUGAGAACCCUUUCUCUAAAGAUUCCUUCACCUCACCACAACCCUCUAUGGCUUCUCCACAACCUGCAUCUUCUGAUGUAUAUAGGGAUGCUUUUGGAAACCCUUUUGCCUAACUCUGAACUUGGAAUGCUGACUAUCCAAGGAACGAAAAGGUUGGCCUUAGUCAUCAAGGACAAAGCUAAUAGCCAGACACGUCCUGACCACUGUCCUUGUUCCAGCUUCGACAAAUUAUCUGUUGCCUUAUUUCUUUUUGCCUCUUCCACUUGUAAAAUUUCUUUCACUUUCUGUCUAUGCUAAAGCUAAAAUGAAUCGAUGGCUUUAAGUAAACUAAGAUCCUAAACUCUUUAGUUUAAAUGUAAAUGAAGUAGUUUGCCUACCAAAUUCUUAUCUAUGUGUUCCUAGACCGUUUCCAAACACUACACCCUCUACUUUCUGGUUGGGUGAUGCAGCCACCACCACCCCUUAUAUCAUACUGUUUUGAGUAAAAGGCCAAUUCCUUCCUGCUUAAUCUGAGAGUUCUGUUUUAGAGCGUAAAAUCUAAAAUUCCAGUAGAACAAGACACUUUCUUAAAAGAACUUCCUUCCAACCAUCACUUAUAGAGAAUUUUUUAAAUAAAAUGGAAAUCCAACUUCUCCUCAGAUAAUUUGGAAUGUAAUACACCUGAGGACAUUUUUAAAGAUAGUUUCUCCUCUUACUGAAAAUCAUCUUCUCUCAAAGCUAAGAUUGUCCUUUUGCUGACUUUCUAGCUAUUGCAAAUGAGGGGAAAACAUUAUGCAUCUCUCUUUGCCUUUUUCCUCUGAUUCUCUGUUCAGUCUGUUUUGUUCCUGGGUUCAGAUUCCCCCCCGCCCCAAGGUUUUCUGUUUGUUUUUUUUGUUUUUACAAGCAAAUGAUUUUCAUGGGAUUAAAAAAACAUCAAAUGAUUCACAGUCCUGGAGCCUGGCUUGCUCCUGAGUAAAUGCUAGUCCCAGAAACUGCAUAUGUAUACCGUAUAACCUUCCACAGAUGAGGUCACCACCCUCAAGCUGAAGUCCAGAAGAGCAGUGAAUGUAGAAGAGAAUUUGAGCUCCAUUCAACAAUGAAGGACCGUAUACUACAGAGCAGCACAUUAUGAAGCUAAAUGUGACUGUGCCCAACACACUGGUGCUUAUGGGAGGGGGCAUGUGAGGCCUUUACCAAGUAACUGGGAAACUUUCUGGAAGCCACAGUUUCAUAGUAGGAAGAUAAAUGGGAGGGGAAAAGGUGAAGAAAAAGUAUUUGGGGUUAUCAUCAAAAAUCUAAUGUCUGCAGUAUUUUUUCCCCAUAACCUUGGAAACUUUCCCGGUUCAUUUUCAGUCCUAUUGUUAGCACAGUUCUGAAGGGUUUGUUCUUGCCAAAAUGAGUUUUGUUUUAUGUGGGUUUUUAAAAUGUUAUCUCUUUACCCUUAAUGGUCAGGUUCUUGUGGGUGUUAAUCAACCACAUCCAGUGUUCCCUUUCCAGGGACAAAAGAACCACUGCUCAGGAUUUAAACAAGGUGGCCUUGAGAGCCUCUUGAUUAGCUCCAGGUAGCCCAAGCUAAAGUCCUGUGGUUUUGUGUUUAAUGGGAACAGUUGAUUAUAUAAUGCAUAAUUUUUCCAUCUCGCUUCCUACUCAGUCAUAAACAGAGACUUGAAAUAGUACUUUAAAGGUCCAAAUACCUAAAAGUGCUGAACUGGAGGCAUCUAUUUCUAGGUAGUUGAAUUUUUAAAAGUGAUGAUCACCCAAGCAACUGUUUUGUACAUACUUAUUUUCUCUUGCACUUUUCUGUAUGCAAAUUAAAGCUAUAAAUUUACUCAUUUCAAUAAACUGGAAUGGCAAAAUCA